AUGGCCUCGCGGAGGAUAGAUGAGCAUGUAGAGGCACCCCUGAAUCCAACGACCAGGUGGCAGGCCAUGUCUUUAUUUGGGAAACGCUUUGUCAGGUCAUCGCACGACUGGCAUAAUCGCACCAAAAGCCAUCCAAGGUGUCUGGUAGUGGCCCUGGUUCCGAUGGCCGGAUUUCUGGCGCUGCCGAAAAUCCUCGCUCUACACAGGAAUGGUGCUCAGUGUUUGAAACCCUCCCUGCAGCGAGAAUCAUGGAGGGAUUGCUAUGCACAACAAGGCUGGCGACAGUCAGAUUGGCUUCACUAUUUGCUGGCUGUUUGGUUUAGCCUGCAAUUUAUGUUCAACUUCAUCAUGUCCUGUUUCCAGCAACCAGGAGGAGCCCACAAGUGCCACAAGAUGGCACCACGGGCGCCACAGGAUGGCCGCUUUCCGGUGAGCAUCGGUGAACAUCAAAUCGAUGGCAUUGAUGGGCUGUUCUUUGCGCCGCGCUGGUGUGAGACCUGCAAUCGCUGGAAAGCCCCCAGAAGUCAUCACAGCAAACGUCUGGGACAAUGCGUGCCGCGCAUGGAUCAUUAUUGUAUCAUUACCGAGAACAUCAUCGGACAAAGGAAUCAAAGCUAUUUCAAUCUCAUGGUGAUCUUCGGCAACCUGGGCCUUUUGUAUGCGCUGCUGAUGAUCGCCUCAACCAUGUGUUACGCAUGGCGACCUUACUGGGAGCUCUUUUCGUUGCUGGCGAACUACGCGCAACGGAAAGGGACCUAUUUCCAGUGGAUUGUCCUGGGAGGUCAUCUGCAUGUGAUGAAGGCCUUGCUGGGCAACGAAGUGCCACUGCUGCUGGUGCUGAGCAUCAUCUCUAUGAUUUUGCUGGGUCCUUUGCUUCGACACCUUAGCUUAUCCUUGCAGGGCAUCACUAUGUUAGAGUCGAUGGGAAGCUCCGACAGCAUCGAAUUGCCAGGCUCCGACAAGGUCUUUCACCUGGAAGCUGGAGACUUCUCAACGCGCAGUCGCCUUGGUGAGCUAUUGGAGUUGCUGGGCCCUGGUGGCCACUGGCGGCUGCUGUUCCCAGUGCCAGAAAGGCCCGCAGACGACCAGGAGCCCAGAUUGAGCAGUGCAGCUCUUGAGGAGUUGAAGAUUGCUCUCCAAGCCAAAGCGGUGGUAGCUGGUGGUGUGGCAAGCGCCGGUGUGGUCAAGCUGGGCGUUGGAAGUGUGCGCAGUGAUGGCGCCCUGAUGCAAGAUGGAUUGGAAGACCUACAGGCCGGAGCCUCCGAACUCCUGCGCGGGGGAGCGUCCUUGGUGACAACCACCACGGCGGUGGCCAUUGCUGCGGCGGCGGGCGGUUUGGCUCGGUUGGCAGAGGGCGGCCCCAGCCAGGCGGUACGAGGUGUCAUUGAUGCUCCGGUGGCAGCCUUGGAUGCUGCGAGAGUUUCAGGUCCCUUUGGUGCGGUAGCAGGCGCCUUCGUGGCGGCGCACGGCAGCGGUGGAUCGCUGCAGCAGCACCUGCAGCGCCUCACGGAACGGGCACGGGAGGAACGGCUGGAGCUGCUACGGGAGGUCGUCGGCUUGGGAAUUCAGCCCUGCGAUGCCGUGGCGCCCCUGUGGCACUUGGCAACGCUGGCCUUGGAGUGCUACAGCACGGCCCCAUCGACGACGGUGGGCUAUCGCCCAGAUUUGUGUGGGAUCCGCGAUCCUGAGGAGGAGGUGGAAGCCCAGAUCACGGUCUUUCUGAAAAGCCGUGACCGGAACGACCCGAACGACCUGGCCGUGCUGGCCAUUCGAGGCACCAAGGACAUCCACGAUACUCGCCGCGACGUGAAAUCUGUGGUCAUGGGGCAUUACCCCGGUGCCUUUGUCAUGACUGCCGCAGAAAUCGUGAGGAUGUAUCAACAACAAGGAUGCAAGGUGAUGGUCACCGGGCAUUCCUUGGGAGGCUAUCUGGCAGAAGUGGUUGCGACCACCUUAGGGCUGUGCGGUGCAGCAUUUUGUGCCCCUGGACCCGGUGAACACAAUGGUCUGCAGCUGGACAGCGACUUUGUGGUCAUCAACCACGAGGCAGACAGCAUUGGAAACCACAAUCACGACCUCCAUGCGAAUCCACCAGUGUACAUCUUGGAUGAUGGCGUGCUGAUGUUGCCAUGGACCGCCCAUCGCAUGGACAAGAUGCUGCAGUACAUGCUGAAACGUGAGGACUGGAGCAACCUGAAUGCCGUGGAGCGGUGUAUUGGUGAAGACCUUCGCAUCCCUUUCCACGUCUUCCCUGGACAUCGCUCGAAAAGGUGA